AUACAGACGCAUGAAAGCCGCGUGGUCCCGAAACUGCAAUGUAAACAGGCGCUUAAAGGGCGGACGGGGCGUAUCUAUUAGCGUCAGUCUAUUGAGGGGCGGAGCUUCCAAUGAACUUCCAAUGGGAGCGCUUUGCUGAAGGUCGUCCCGUGAAGGGGCGGAGAUAAUGUUGACAGUCCCCGCCCUCGAACACCUGAUGCAGUUUGUUGGGGGCGGGGCAUCCCGGGAUGCGUUCAAUAAACGUCCAAUGGGAGCGAGGCGCUGAAUGACGUAGAAUGAAAGGGCGGGGAUAGUUCUGACAGUCCCCGCCCUGCCCAGAGCUCCUGGUAGAGUUGGUUUGAUGUGAUGACGUCAGGCACAGUGCGGGGGCGGGGCUUCGGGUGACAGGAGCAGCUCCCGGAUCCGGGCUGUAGUCAGUCAGAAGCUGCGGGGCUGCGCGGCGGGUCAGGCGGACAUGGCGGUGAGUGGUGGCGGCAGCACGAAGAGCUGGUCUCGGCUCGACCCGCACUCCCACAAGGUCCCGGCAUGGAAGCUGGAGGUGCUGGAGAGGAAGCGGGCGAAGAUGGCGAGCGCUGCCGUGCCCUGGGGGAAGGACUCGUCUCCGAACCGCAGGACCCGCUCCCCGUCCCGGCAGAGGAGCCCGGAGCGCCUGGUGCUGCAGGACAGCCUGGGGCCGCUCCAUGAGAACCCGUUCAUAAAGCAGGAGAAGGAGCGGCGGCGGCACCGGCGGCCCCAGCAGCGGCAUCCCUCCCCGGGCAGAGGCGCCUCCGACAUCCGGCACCUGCUCGACAUGUACAGCCACGUCCCGGGGAUGAGGACCAUCCGAGCCGAGAACAUCAUCAUCAUCGAGUCCGACCCCGACUACUUCAGCCACUCCACCAGCCACAGCGACCCUAUGGAGGAGUUACUGGCCAGAAGGGGCAGCAAGGUGGCCGAGAUCCGGGCCUCCGAGGUGAUCAUCUAUGAGCCGGAGGUCCCCAACAAAGAUCAACCUAAAAAAGUCCUGGAGCCCCCCAAAAAAGUCCCAGUGCCCCCCAAAAAGGAGGAGCUGGAGCACGUUGAGGUCCUGGAGGAAGCCGGGAGGGUCAGCCGCUUGCUGGAGAAGUUUGAUCAUGGCCAUAGCAGACCGGUGAGGACCCGGAGCUUGGACAACAUACUGGAACCAGACAGCAAGCCCAUCAUAUUGCCAAAACCUCCGAUCCUCGAGCGUCAAGGCCAAGCCCCCCUGAACAAGUCACCACCCAGGCGGUCCGGAUCCCUCUCCCCAUCAGCAGCCUCCAUCUUAGAGGAGGAUAGCAAGCGAUUCCCCCUAAACAACCCCUCGUGGCUCCCCUCCAAGGCACCUAUCUCCCCUUCUCUACCCGACCCCAACCUGUUUCAUAAGAGACCCUCCAGUCCCAUGACCUCACCAGUGAUCGUUGCCCCUCUGUCUCCCUCGUCCCCUCACUCCCCACGAUUUGAGGCAUCCACAGACGACAUGCCGCUGCUGCCCACCGUGGCCACUGUCAGGGAGAAGUUUGAAAGCGGGCAUACGACCAACAACGUUCCUCCAUUACCAAAAUUGGUCAAUGUUACCCAGAAGGUUAGCAGCAACACAAUCCUGGUCAACCCCAAAGCAGUGUCCACCAAUAAGGUGAAGUCUCCUACCACGGAUGGAGGAAGGAUAGAGAUAGACAGUCCGCCUCUUACCAAUGGUCACGUCGACCACUUGGAGACAAACGUAAAUAAGGGUAGUUCUAUCAGUAUUCAAGAUCUUCUGUCCAAGAGCAAGAGGCCCAAGGGUACCACAGCUCAGAGGGCGCCCAAGGGAAAUGAUCCAGUGCCAUCUAAUGAUCCUAUUGAGAUUCCCAACGGCGCCAACAAUUGGAGGCCAAAGUCUGAGGUGGACCCACUGAAAUCUAGUAGCAUACCCCCCAAACCCAGUGCCACUUAUCCAGACAAUCCAUCGAUCACCAACCACUAUGACCAGGCCUUUACCAGUGCCACUCCUAGCCAGCGGCUGAAGGUGUCUGCCUCCACCAGCAGCAAUGACUCCUUCGAGAUCAGACCUGCCCUGAAGCCGGAUCUCAGCAGCAUCCCGGACGACGACAUCCAAGCGAGAGCGCUGGCCAACAUUCGAAUGCAGUCCAAAAAUUCUUUUGUUUUUAUUCCAAAGAGGAGGCCAGUCCCCUCUGUAACCCAACAAGAUGGUACGGUCCAGUCCAACGAUAAGCCAAAAGUGAAUAACAGAGCUUCCACCCUCAACGGCCCCAAAUUAGAUAGCACGGACUCUCCUAGAAAAAAUGUCGCCUGGGCCAAUGAUGUCCGGGUGACUUCAUCGCCCCAAGAAGUCAGGGUGAAUGGCGAUACCAGCUCAGUUAAGACUGCACAUUCAGAGACUUUGAAGGCCUCCAGUGUCCCCUCUUUGUCUGAUUUUGACUGGAAAAGUGGACUCUUGCCGUCCCACUCGCCCAUCGAAGGGCAAUCCUUUACAGAUCUGGGGGCUGAGCUUGAAUACAAAAGUAGUGUGCAGCAAACGGACACAGAGGAUGUACUAAGCAGGGUGCCGGUGACUAAAAUACACGAGGAUGUGGUGAAAGCGGACAUACCGGUCACCAACAUAGACGAUAUAGUCAAUAUAGAGGACAAGGAGGUCAACCGGGGGACCCUGCCCGAAAUAAAAGUAGAGAAGCCCUCCUACCAGCCGCACUCCUCCGCCUCCUCCAUACGCAAUAAAGGAGGCAAUACCUUCACGGUGGUCCCCAAAAGGAAACCAGUCACUGAGCAGGAGGCCUUCCGGACCCCCGUGGUGGAAGAGGAGGAGGAGGAUGAUCCAAGGUCUAAAAGGAAAUCUUCAGACGGGCCUGAGGCCCCCUACUCAGAACUGGGAGUGCUGCUGAAGAAACGCUAUCCAACCGCUGAUGAAAUCCAGGUCAUCGGAGGUUAUCAGUCCCUGUCCAAGUCCUGUCUGACCAAGAUCGGCUCCACCAGGAAAAAGAUGAAGAUCUCCUUCAAUGAACAGAACAUCCACACUAUGUUCGAGUACCCAUCUGAGAACUCCUUGGCAGAAGAAGCGGCAGAAGGAGAGGCCCACGAGGUAUCGGGCUCAGAAUCCGAAGAAGACGAUAAACCCUCCGGCGUGUUUCUCCCGCGGCCGACAUUCGGGAGCGGCGGUGCGGCCGGCAAUAGCCUGCGGGCCAACUCUGCAAACUCAGGUCUAUCUAACUACACUCCUAAGCACUCCGUGGGGUACAGCAAAUGGCAGGAUGAGGCGUCUCUAGGGGGCGCUGCAACUCCGGACCUCAGCUCUCCGAGCCAGGACAUGCUCACGCCAGCCGACAGCAACUCUCAUACAGACUUCCGAAGCGAGCCGGCGCUCUACUUCUAACCGCAGCGGAUGGAGGACGGUCAGAUCUAUCUGGACUGUGGUCACUGCCCUGAUGUCUGUCCUCGGCGCCUGUGCUGAAAAGCAUCCUGGGAAAGGAUCUCCAUCUAGCUUUUUUUGUGGGGGGGCGGGGGGUUACUUUAAAACAAAAAAAAAAAAUUGCGCACUCGUGAUAUUGGCUGAUAUGUGGAAUAUGCCAUAGUAAGUGUAGCAGCGCGUUUGCUGCCUGCGGUGGAGCGCUGUUGAUUAUAUUAAUCAAUACGCCUUCAGAGAGAUUAGUGGUGUGUCCUGCCACCUAGUGGUGGGGGGUGAUGACUGUGGGGUUGUGUCUUCAAGAUGUCUUGGUUAUCAAUGUGUGUGUACAGAUAGUUGCUUUCUUCCCCAAACAGCGCCACUCUUGUCCUCAGUUUGUGUGCGGUAUUGCAGCUCAUUUCCAUUGUAGUAAAUGGAAAGGAGUUGUAAUACCUAACACAACCUGAAGAUGGGAGUGGCGCUGUUUUUUUGAAGAAAGUAGCUAUGUAUUUCUAAUGCUGGAUAAUACAGUGGCCUCAAAUUGGUGGCUCUCCUGUGCUUGCAAAACUACAACUCCCAGCAUGCCCUGACAGCCGAAGGCUGUCAGGGCAUGCUGGGAGUUGUAGUUUUGCAUCCAGUAAUAGUUCGUCAGUUCUGGGGUUCACAUAUGCGGGUAUUGGAAACUUUAUCAACCAGGUUAAAAAAACAAACAAAAAAAAAUUUCUUCCUUAAGAUAAAUCCACAGAACGUCCAUUACCGUUAUCAAUUUUUGUUUUAUCUGUUUCUGGAAAAGCUGGGUGCUAACCAAUAUGGCCGCCAGUACAGCGCCGUUCUGUCUCCUACAAAACUUAGCAGAGCUCACAUGCAGAACUCUGGGAAAGCUUGAUUUUGUAAUGUUAUAGAAACACCAUUCUUGGUCAUCUGGUUCCUGGGAAAGCUGAGUGACAUUACUGCUUCUCUGCCCUGAAUGGUAAGGGCCCAUGCACACUAGGGAAAUUCAGCAAGGGAUUUCCUUGUCAAAUUUUUUCAGCGGAUCCGGGCAGCCUGGAAUCGGAUCGCUGUGGAAACUAAAACGGUUGUCCGCAAAAUAAACAACCUGUGUAUGUAGUAAAAAAGUAUAACAAAGCAACCUACUAAUGUUAUUAGCCAUAGUGCAGAGAUCUGUUUCCCUGGUAAGCUGUGACAUCUCGUCACAGGCUCUCAAAGCAGUCUGCUCAGUCCCUCGUCACCCUUUUCCUCCUGUAAGCACAAGACAAGACCAGUGAUGUGAAGAAGGGGAGCUGAUAUUACUGUUUAUUAAAUUUGACUCAGUUGAUAAAGCAGCAGGGAAGUCCGUUCUUAUUCACCGUAGUUCCCAGCAAAACGGGCUCUCUGCUGCCUUAUUUAGUGAGUCAUAAAUCAAAUGAGUAGUAUUACCAGCUCCCCUUUUCACAUCACUGGUCUGGUCUUGUGCUGACAGGAGGGAAAGAGAGCAGAGGGAUGGAGUAGACUUCUCUGAGAGACUGUGUUAUGACAUCACAGAUUACAAGGGAGCAGCAGAACUGAUAUUGAAUAUCUCUGCACAAUGGCUAAUAACAGUAUCAGCUAUGCCGCAAGCUUGAUGUCAUGUCACAGGCUCUGAGUAGUCUGCUCUGUCUCUCCUCUCCCGUCAGCACAGGAUGAGACCAGUGAUGUGAAGGGGGGCGGCUGGUAUUUCUGCUCAUUAGAUUUGACUCCUUCAAUAAGGCAGCAGUGGAGUCAGUUCUUAGUCACAGUAGUUCCCGGCAGAACAAACUCUCUGCUGCUUUAUCUAAUGAGUGAUAAAUCUAAUGAGCAGCAAGAUCAGCUUCCCUCUUCACAUCACUGGUCUCAUCCUGUGCUGACAGGAGGGGAGGAUAGAUAGAGCAGACAACUUUGAGAGCCUGUGAUGUGACGUUACAGCUUACAAGGUAGCAGCACAGCUUAUAUGGAAGAUCUCUGCACUUUUGCUAAUAACAUUAUAUUAGUAAGUUGCUGUAUUCUACUUCCUGACACCAUCCACUGGGUAUUACUUUCACCAUACAACCCCCGUCAAUAGUGACAGCGCACAUCGGCAUUGACUAUAGCAGUGUCCACUGCACACAGGACCCAUUCACACUACAGAACAUUCCUAGUCUGCCUAGUUAUGUAGUAAGAAAUCUCCUGCAUCACCGCCUAUCAGUUGUGUGAUACAGGGGUCAGGCAAAGCUGGGUUGGAACUUAUAGGUUGUCACCAAGCUUUCUCGGAGACUGGUAUAACUCAGAAACAGCUGCAAAUGUUUGAUGUGCUGGAGAUCUGUUCUGCAGGGAUGUAGGGUAUUGCAUCACAUGCAGACAUCUUUAAUAAUGUUACCCAACCAGUGUGCCUCCAGCUGUUGCAAAUCUGCAACUCCCAGCAUUCGGCUGUCCGGGCAUGCUGGGAGUUGUAGUUUGGCAACAACUGGGGGCACGCUGGUUGGGAAACACUGGUUUAAAGGGUUGCCGGAUGCUGUUACUGCCAUAAUUGUCAGGCUCCGCUCCCUAUUAGUCAUUACAUUCCAGCCGGGGUUUGCUGACAGGUGUGACUGUUGUUUGCUCUGUGUAUGUACACUUAGCACCUGUCCAUAAAUAUUCUAAUUAUAUGCACAUUUGCAUACCGUGAUGUCACAUGCUGGGCGGAGUCACAUGCUUCGUAAAUGGCCAUUCCAGCAACUUCUGACAUUAUUCAUUGACUCCGUUUUUUAUUCGAGCCUGGGAAAUGUAUCCAAAACAGAGCUAAUUUCUUUAAAAAAAAAAUAGCACCACCCCUGUCCCCAGGUGGUGUGCGGUAUUGCAGCUCUGAUCCAUUUAAGCGAAUGAAGCCAAGUUGUAAUACUACGCAUAACCUGAGGACAUGGGUGGCGCUGUUUUAUAAAAGAAAUUGGCUCUGUUUUAGCCCUGACAGCUAAAAUGCUCUCCAGCUGUUGCAAGACUACAACUCCCAGCAUGGAGUUGCAGUUUUGCGACAGACUAUUGGCUCCAUGUUUUGUAUACCAAAGUGUUUUUAAAGGGGUACUCCGGUGGAAAACUUUAUUUUUAAAUCAACUGGUGCCAGAAAGGUAAACAGAUUUGUAAAUUAUUUCUAUUUUAAAAAAUCUUAAUCCUUCCAGUACUAUUUAGG